GAUUGAAAGAAACCUGAAGCAGACGCUUGGGCUCUUUCAGCUCGGCUCCACCCCUCCCUUGAGUGGCCACACCUCAUUGAUAUAAUGCAAAAAGCAACAUAAAAAGGAAGAGAGGGAGAGAAAGGGAGGGAGGAAGAAAUGAAGAGAACCCUUGGUAUGUUGCCGUCGUUCCAAAGAAUGACAAUCAUAUUUGCAGGCUAAUCAGGGUUUCAGAAUUGACCAAGAGGAAGCGCAUGUUUUGUGAUGACACAGUCCUUGUUGGCAUAGUUGUUUAACGUGAGGGAACUCCCACAGGGAAAGGCUUAAAAGCACUUAAGGAGGGCUGAGACGCUUCUCAGACGGUGCCAGGAAAUCAAGAGAGAGAGAGAGAGAAAGUUUUUGUGUACAUUCAGUCCCUAACAGACGUCAAGAUGAGCUCCGGCCAAGGCCUCUACCACUUUUCUUCUGGGUCUCUCAGGGGUGCUGCGGGAUGCAGCUUUGCACAUGUUGGAGAGCCCUACAGAGCUGCCAGCUUGCAUGGAGGAAGUAGCGGUGUGCAUCUCCCCAUGUCCUUUGGAAGACCCAUCUGGAUGGCUUCUGAUGCAGGGGAAAAUUGGGGAGGCUUUGGUGGGAGCCAGGGGGACCUCCUCAUGGGGAGGAACGAGAAGCAGGCCAUGCAGGAGCUAAAUGACCGCCUGGCUGCCUACCUGGAGAAGGUGCGCUCUUUGGAGGAGGCCAACACUCAGCUGGAAGGCUGCAUCCGGGAGUGGCACAAGAAGAAAUCUCAUGGCAUCAAGCAUGACUUCAAGGAUUAUGAGCAAAACAUCUCAGACAUGCAUGAGCGGAUUGAGACUGGGCGAGUUACCAAUGCAACCAUCGUUCUAAAGAUUGACAAUGCUAAAAUGGCAACUGAGGACUUCAGGCUCAAAUAUGAGGCAGAGAAGGCUAUCCGGCAAAGCGUGCAGGAUGAUGUUGAGAACAUUCGCAAGGAACUUGACAACAUGACAAUCAUAAUAACUGACCUGGAAAUGGAGAUUGAAGCUCUCAGAGAAGAUCACAUCCUCAAGAAGAAAGAACAUGAGGAGGAUAUGCAAGCACACGGCUCUUCCAAGGACUUCAAGGUGAAUGUGAAGGUGAAUGCAACUCCACAAGAAGAUCUGGCCAGGAUCCUGGCAGGAAUAAGAGCAGAUUAUGAAGCGAUUAUUGAAAAGAACCGUCAAAGUCUUGAUGCCUGGUUCCAGCAACAGGUACCUUUAAAACAAAUUGCAGGUGAAUCUCUAGAAGAAAGCCCCAGCCAGGAAGAACUACAAAGCAGCCGGAAAGAAAUCACUGAGCUGAAUCGCACGCUGCAGACCCUGGAAAUCGAUCUGCAGACGCAACUAAACAAGAAGCUUGCCCUCGAAAAAAGCUUGGAUGAAACCAAGUCUCACUACGCUUUCCAGCUUCAGAGCAUCCAAAACUUAAUCUCCAAAUGUGAAGAACAGCUCAGCCAGUUUCGCCAUGACAUCAAGUGUCAAAAUAACCAAUACAAGGUCCUCCUUGGAAUAAAAACCCGCCUGGAGAAGGAGAUUUCUACUUAUCGCCAGCUUCUGGAUGGAAAGCUUGAUGGGAUGACAGGCUCCAGUUCAAGAUCUAGAGAAGACAGAUCCUCCAGCCAAAAUCUAACAAAAAUCGUGCAGGACAGUGUGGAUGGACAGGUGGUUGCCACACAUACUGCUGAGAUCAAACGACAGAUGUAACUUUAGCACUUUGAAGAAAAGAAGCACUUCUAUACCGAAAAACCCAUGGAUGUUCAAGUAUCUAAUAAAAAGAGUUUGGUUCCUUGUUUGGUACUAUACAUCACUUUAGGAGCCUUGAAUCUGUUUUCAUCCUUCUGACAUUUACUUGUUGUCACCCAAACAGAUUGGAAUUUUAUUUAAUAUGAAUGUGAAUAACUUACUAUCUUCUCUAGGCUCCUACUUCUUUAAAGACCACAAGAUCAAUAAAUUUUAAAAGUCA